AUGUGUGCCUUCAGGCCUCCGCCGCCUCCUCCGCCGGAGGGCGACGGCGGAAGAGGCGGAAGGUUUUCCGCGCCGCAGAUUCUCCGCGCGGGGGAGACGCGUGCGCAGCCUGGCGCCAACGCGCAGCCACGUCCCCCGGUCGCCGUCGUCCCCAGGGCGGCACCCGCGGCAAGCAGCAAGCCUCAGAGCCACGCCGCGGCGCUGCCGCCCUCGAAGAAGCAAGCAGCCUCUGCGCAGGCCGCUGCGAGGAGGGAGGAGAAGCCAACCGGGAGAGAGGCAGGCUCAGAGAGGUGCUCAGGCGCGGCGCUUGGCGGCAAAGCGGCGUGUGCAGUCGCGUCCCGCGCGGCGCAGAAGCGAUGGAGCGCGCCGCCGCUUUACCACCCCGACGCGCCCGCCUUCUUCCGCGCGCGGUGCGAACACCUGACGAGUGCCCUUGCGGCUGCGCGGGAGACCGUCGCCGCCCUCGAGAAGGCGCAGGCGGGCGCCGCGAAGGCGUCCAGCGCCGCGGAGGGCGACAAGACAGAGAAGAAAAAGAAGAGCCUCGUGGAGAGGCAGCUCCGCGUCGCGCGAAAGAAGGAGGAAGCCGCGCGAAGGGGCUACGCGGUGGCGAGGAAGACGCUGGAGGAUAUGGAGUGCGUCGAUGGGCAGCAGGGAGAUGAAGCAGAGAAACGGCGAGAGCGGGGAGGCAAGGCCUACGACGCGGCGUUUGUGGAGAAGCUGUAUAGCGACCUCGUCGCCGCGAACUUCCCAGUUCAGCCUCUCAUCUCGCUGGAGUUCUCGCUCUUCUUCGAAAACUACCUGUGGCCUCACUUCCCCGUGAACGACGCAAGCGAGGGAAGUGACGAGGAGGUCUCCAAGGCGCACGUCAUGUGCAUGGUCCUGAUGCUUCUGGAAAAGCACAGAAAAAAUCUGCCGAUUUGGGAGACGUUCCUAAACCACCCGCUGCUGAAAGGCCGCGAGCACCAGGGCAAGUCGGCGAAACGCGCAGAGGCGCCCACCGCCGAGGAAGACGAAGGCAAGCGUGACGUGGAAAUGAAAGACGCCGAGGCAGACGCGCCGACGGCAGACGCGUCAGCAGAGAGCGCGGCGAGCGACGAGAAAGACGAAGCCGCGAAACGGGAGGCGAACGCGCGAGAAGAGAAGGAGGCUCACGACAGCGUGGCGGAGUCGAGCUUCGAGAACAUGGUUUUUCUUCCUGAGGAGUUUUUCCGCGCAAAGUUCUCCACAUUCUUCUACCGCCUCCUCGAUCUGUUUGUUCGCUCCGCACCCGAGCCUGCGGCCUCGCAACCUCACGUGGCGCAGCCGGGUAAGGAGGCGAGCGCCGCGUCUUCUGCGCCGACGGCGUCGGUUCUGACAGUCGCGGAGAAGAGCUACGUCGUUCGGUUCCUGAUUCUCUGCUUCCAGGGCCUCGAGGAAGCGAUGCUGCGCCGCGUGUGUCUCUCUGUCUGCGGCGCCGCCGCGUGGACGCACGCCGCGCCAAAGUUCCGCAGCAUGCUGCUGGAGCGCAGCGGCGCCGCCGCCCUUCUCUGGAAGAAGUCACAGAAGAAACUCGAACUCGCCGACGAGGAACGAGAGAAGGCCCUCCUCUCGGCGCUCGAUGGAAAGGCGGAGGAGGGAGACAAGGAUGGGGAGCAGCAGGACGCAGUCCAGCGAAAGAGAGAGGAGAAAAAAAGAGAAAUCGCGAGAGCUCGCCUCGAUCGAGACUUCUUUUCUCUCUUUCUGCAGCAAUUCUUCUGGCUCGUUGACGACGUCCCUCUGCAGAGUCCGGCGGAGGCGGGGCCGUCAAUGGAGGUCAUUUUCCUCGCGGAGCGCAUGCUCGAGUUGUUGAUUGACUUGGAGAGUCAGCUCCCGACGCGGCGCGCGAUUCUGCCGCUGCUGAACGACCUGCAAGUUGUCGUCCGCGCGCGCAUGGCUGCGCUCGCCAGGGCCCCCGAGGCCGGCGUCUACAAGCAAAUGGUUGAGCUUCUGGACUUUUACAGCCGCUUCGAAAUCGACGAGGACUCAGGGCUGCCCAAAACGGCGGCGCAGUACGGCGAAGAGCACUACCGGCGCGUCUCGAAUUUCCAAAGGUUUUGUUUUUCGCUGUCGAAGGACAUUCCUUCGCUGCGGACUGCCGCGCUCUCCGCCGUCUCCGCGUUAGACUCGCCUGCAGAUCUGCGCGCGCUGCUGGACAAACAAGAACUCCUCACGCUGCUGCAGAUGGCGGCGAAUCUCGGCCUAGUCGACCCCAACAUGCUUCCAGGCGCCCCGCGUCCAGUGGUCGCCUUUCCGCGCACGCUUUCCUCCUUUUUUGCGCGGCUGCCGCCGCCCAGCCGGCGGACGAAGAAAUGGGUUCGCGAGUUCCUGACCGAGACGCUGUGCUACUUUCUGAAGCGGCGCCCAGACCAACUGGAGCAGCUAAACGCGCUCUCGCUCUACCCGUCUGAGGAGGAAAUGUGGAACGAGGCGAUUCUCCCUGCGGAGCACUACACGGGCGAGACGGCGCUCGCGCUGCCGAAGCUCAAUCUCCAGUUUUUAACCAUCCACGACUACCUCCUGCGAAACUUCAACCUCUUCCGCUUGGAGUCGAUCUACGAGAUCCGCGAAGACAUUCAGGACGCGAUUUUUCGCAUGAAACCCCGCCGCAGAGCCUCGCCGUCGGCCGUCACCGGCGCCUACGGGGACGCCGACGCCGCAGUCGCUGGCGGACGAACGGUCUUCGAGGGAACCGCCCGCAUGGCUGUCGAGGUCGAACGAUUCUCCGUCAUUGCCGUAGAAAAGCCUCGGGUGGGAGAGACGGUGCCGUCGGAGGUGCGCGCGGAGAUCAGCAUCGACUUGGCUGGUUUGAAGCCUCAAGUCGCGCGCGAGUGGGACUCGCUGCGGCAGUUCGACGUGCUGUUCCUCGUUGCGAUUGUAGCGCCGCAAGCCGCGUACACGGGUCGCCUGCAGGAUCUCGAGCAAGUCCACGAAUUCCCGCAGAAAUUCGGCGUCGUCGCGCUCCGCGGCUGCGAAAUCGUUGACGUCCUCGACGAGGACGGCAAGGUGAUCAGCGAGUACAACCCGCUGGAACCGCGGCUGCCGAUGGGAACGGCGCGCACGCUGCGGGUGCAACUGGACGCGAAUCAGUAUCGGCAGGACGUGCUGCGCAUGGAGGAGGAGGGCUUCGAGGACUUUUAUAGCUGCUUCAACUUGUUGGUGCGGCGGAAUCCGAAGCACAACACGUUCAAGGCGGUGCUCGCGACGAUUCGAUCGCUGAUGAAUCGGCCGGAGGAUGUGGUGAUUCCCUCGUGGCUCCACGACCUGUUCCUCGGCUACGGCGACCCGGGGAGCGCCCAGUUCUUCCGUCUGCCCUCGCGGCUACGCCGCCUCGACAUGCGCGACACGUUCCUCGAUCGCGCGCACCUGCUAGAGUCCUUCCCCUACGCCAAGUCCCUCGUCGCGGAGGGCGACGUCGACAAGCCUCCCGUCGUCCUCGAGAUCGAAGACGCCGAAGAAAGCGGCGCGGGCGGCGGCGAGCAGAACGAAGACGAGGAGGAGGCGCGAGCCGGCGCGUGGCCAAAGAUGAACAUCCGCGCCAGCACCUACGCCCUCCGCUCCGUCGGUCCGUACCCCGAGUGUGAACGCAACACAAAUAAAAUCCGUUUCACGCCGGAGCAAGUGCGGUGCCUGGUGUCGGGGCUGCAGCCUGGGCUGACGAUGGUCGUUGGGCCCCCUGGGAGCGGGAAGACAGACACGGCGGCGCAUCUGGCGUUUUUGCUGUACCACAACUUCCCUUCUGAGAAAGUCGUGUUGGUGUCGCACAGCAACGCGGCGCUGAACGACUUGUUUCGCAAAAUUCGAAACCUGGACGUCGAUGAGACUCACCUGCUGCGACUGGGUCGCGGCGAGCGCGAUCUGUCCGCGGACGCGCGUCAGGAGAAAGUGCAAGUCGGCAAGCUGGGCGAUCUCGACGACGAGGAGGAAGACUUCUCCUUCUCGAAGCAGGGCCGCGUCAACAAAGUCCUCGAGCGCCGCAAGCUGCUUCUUGAGAAAGUCGAGAAGCUCGGUAAGAGCCUCGAAGCGCAGGACGCGCCCUGCCUCUCCGUGGGGGACGUCGGCUUCUCCUGCGAGACUGCCCUCCAGUUCCAGCGCUACCACGUCCUGUUUCGCAUCGAGCGGUUCCGCGAGCUGAGCGGCAGACUCAAGGCUCUCUUCGAAGACCGCGCAGCCGACGCGGAGGCGGAAGACGCCUUUUGGGCGAGAGUCGCGAAGGUCUUUGCAGACUUGGAACAGGAGCGCGGGAAGCCGCUGACGCUCAAGGUCAAGAAGGACGUCCGAGGGGCGGGAGAAGAAGGAGAGGCAGCUGCGGAGACGCAGGCCGAUGCGAAAGAAUAUGAGAGAGAAAACGGCGAAGGCCACGCCGAAGAAGAGGAGGAGGAGGUUGAUGAGAAAGGAUGCAUCGACGUCGACCCUGUGCGAGCUAUGCGCGAGUUUGGCUGCACGUACCUCGAGGCGCUCUUCCCCUUCCCUCUCUUUUUCGCGGACGCGCCGCAGCCCCUGUUCGUGAAGGAUCUGAAGAAGGACGAGGAGACCGUCGAGAGCUGCUUCCGCUAUUUAGACAAAAUUUUCCAAGAGAUCGAAGACUGCCGCGCCUUCGAGCUGCUUCGCACUUCUGGCGACCGCGCGAAUUACCUCAUCACGAAGCAUGCCCGAAUGAUCGCCAUGACCUGCACGCACGCCGCGAUGACGCGGGAGAACCUCGUGGGACUGAGGUUUCAGUACGACUCGCUGAUCAUCGAAGAGUCUGCGCAGAUCCUCGAGGUCGAGACGUUCAUUCCCAUGCUCCUCCAGCAGCUCGAGCGCGGCGUCAGCCGCCUGAAGCGCGUCGUGCUCAUUGGGGAUCAUCAUCAGCUGCCCCCCAUUGUGAAGCAUCUGGCCUUCCAAAAGUACUCGCACCUCGAUCAGUCGCUGUAUUCGCGGUUCAUUCGCCUGCGGUCGCCGGCGAUUGAGUUGGACAUGCAGGGGCGCGCGCGGCCUUCGCUCGCGGCGCUCUACGCGUGGAAUUACCGGCGGCUGGGGAACCUGCCGCUGGUUGAGACGCAUCCGAGCUACGCGGCAAGCAAUCCGGGGCUGGCUUUCGACUUUCAGUUUAUCAACGUGGAGGACUACGCGGGGAAGGGCGAGACGACUCCGCUGCCGCACUUCUACCAAAAUCUCGGCGAGGCGGAGUACGUAGUCGCGCUCUACAUGUACAUGCGCUUGACGGGCUAUCCCGCGGAUAAAAUCACGAUUUUGACAACCUACAACGGGCAACUCGCGCUCAUCUCCGACGUCUUGCACCAGCGAUGCGCGUGGAACCCCGCCAUCGGGCUGCCGAAAGCCGUCGCCACCGUCGACAAGUACCAGGGCAUGCAGAACGACUAUAUUCUUCUCUCUCUCGUCCGCACGGAACGACCGGGUCACAUCCGCGACGUCCGCCGUCUGAUUGUCGCGGUUUCGCGUGCGCGCCUCGGUUUGUACGUCUUCGGGCGGUGGUCGCUCUUCGGAAACUGCGUGGACACGCGCCCGGUGAUGCGACACUUCGCGAAGCGGCCGCUGCAGCUUGCGCUUCAACUCGAAGAAGAGAACUUUGAAACAGAUCGCAGGGUUCGCCGCGAUCCGUAUCCAGGCAGGCAGGAGCCGCUGCCCGCGGGGAGCUCGUUGGUUGCGGACGUGACGCAGUUCUUCACAGUCGUCCAAAACCGCGCCGUGGCACGCGUCGAGGCGCUGAAGAAGCAGCUGAACAUUCCUGUCUCCCCUGCCCCCGCCCCGCCGGCUCACCCCACCUCCUCCCCAGCGCCUCCGCCUCCUCCGCAUGCAGCGGCCGCAGGUCCGGCGCCCGCCUCUCUCUGGCUGCGGCCUGCGGGCCUUCAGGGACAGUUCGGUCUCGCGGCGGCUCCAGUUGUCGUCUCCCAGCGCAUUUCCCUUGCAGACCAGCGCCCGGGGGCGUCGGCAGCCGCGCAGGCCGCACCCGUCCCUCCGCCUCCGCCGAGCUUCCCCCCGCCACCGGGCUGUCCCCCGCCGCCUGUCGUCCGCGGACGGCAGGCGCGUCGCAAGCGGGCGCCGAAGAAGGCCGCCGGCGCGCCGCCACUUCAAGAGGGGGGGACCGAGCAGGGCUCUGAUCGUGAAGAGAGCAAGGAGGCGGAGGACGACGAGGAGCUGCACGCGGAGAAGGAGGAGGACGUGGAAGAGCUAGACGGGGCGCCCGCGGAGAAGCUCGCGGAGGCACCCGGGGAGACGCCCAGGGAGGCACCCGAGAAGACGCGAAAGCGCCCGAGGGAGGCGGCAGAAGAGGAGGAGGCGGAAGAAGCCACGGGAGAGAAGAAGGCGGCCGCCGGCGUGUCGCGGCGCAAAACUGAGAGCGAGACGCCAGCGGAAGAGAAGGAAGGAGACGGCGAGCAGGAGGAAGCAGAGGACGAGGGGGGAGAGAAGGAGUCUGCGCCGAAAAAGAAGGGCGGAAAGGCGAAAGCGAAGGCAAAGCAGGCUGGGAAGAAGCAGGAGACCGAAGACGCCAACACGGCGGAGAAGGGCGACGGCGCGGUCGACGCGCCCCGAGGCAGGACACGCGGAGCCAAUGGGAAGCCCGCGCCAGCGGGCUCUGAAAAAUCUGCGCCCGCAACCAGAAAAACCCGUGGCGCGGCUCAAGCAGCCGAAGACCACGCCGCGGAGAAGCCAAAAGAGAAAGCCAAACCGAAGCGCGGCGCUCGAGGUCAGAAAAAGUGA